CACACAAUUAUCAGACAUUCAUUCAUUUAUUUAUCUAUCUAUUAACGUAUACUUUAAUUUAAAGUAUUUUGUCACAAAUUUCUUAACGUAUUUAAAGUUCUCCAUUUGCUUUGAUCACAGCGGUGUUUAAUACUUAAACACGCAGUAAAAUUCGGCUUUAAUGAUACUUGAUGGAUCAUGCAGUCUAACGUGAAUUGACAAUGUUAACAUAGAUUGUAAUGUAGAUAAUGUAGAUUUUCAAUCAAAUAUGACGCAAGUAUAUACACUUCUAUGUUAAAUACACGUACAGGAUCAUUGCGAUAUUUAAACGUCUAUACUACGACACAAUGUUGCAAAACGGAAAUGUUUAAGUAUUGUGGAAAACCACGUCAAUUUUAUUUUAAAAGAACAUUUUAUAUACAACCGAGUGAUUCUUGGCCGCGAGACUUUUAAUUUAAAAAAAAAACAAAACAUUUCUGCAGCCAGUGUAUGAACCAUGCUGAACAGUGCGCGUGCGUGAAAUUUAUUUUCAGUAGGUAUUUGAUGUCGGAAGCUCGAUAUAAUGGUCAAUGUGAUUCUUUGACUUUUUAAGAUAAAUGACUGAAGUUUUAUUUCAAACGUGAGUUGAUUACCUAACAUGGCUCCCCCCAUUGAUGACGUGAUCAAACUGUGUUGUGAGCUGUCAGCAAAUCAGCAGAUAAAGACUACAGUAAAGCAUUCUGGGAAGGGAGCGAUGACUGCUGGAGGACUUGCUUUUGCUGGUGGAUUGGUUGGGGGUCCUCUUGGCAUCGCCGUAGGUGGUGCUGUUGGAGGACUUCUGGGAUGCUGGAUGACAAGCGGUCAGUUCAAACCAUUGCCUCAGGUCAUCAAUGAAAUGACCCCAGCGCAGCAAAAGAAGCUCUACGAGGACAUCAUGUCCAUUUUGGGCUCGAUCGAGUGGACUGAUGUAGCCCAGUUAAUAGCCUUAGUCACAGCAAACGCCUCACUUCAGCAGCAAGUGACCGCUGCUUUACUGGGCUACAUUCACAGAGAGCUUCAGGCUGAGGUUCAUUAUUUAGACUGAACCACACGAUGAAAGCACUUAUUUGGACAACAAAAUUAAUGAAUGAUUUAAAGAAAAUAACGUGUUCUUUUAAGUGAAAACCUUUUAUUUAAUAGAUUUCUUUUUAAUUAUGUUAUUAAAUGCUACUAUCAUCAAUGAAGGAAUAAAUUGCACAGGACACAAUGUUUGAAUUAAGGAUGAAUAAACUGAUGAUGAUUUUGCUCACCAGAGCUCCUACAAUACAUAUAUAAUGUUCAGACUAAUAUUCUUUUUUUUUUUUUUUUUGAAGGAUAUUAUCAUUUAUUUCUUUGAGCUUUUACUCCAUUUUCUUACAAUUUAAUCAUUUUCAGUUACUACUAAUUAAACACAAAGGUAAAAGGAUGAAAUUACACAUCCUCUGUACUUUAAAGUUGUACUGUAGUUGCCUAUUUUAUCCACAGGGGCGACUCCUCAUAUAUUUCAAAACAUAUAUUUAAUUCUGGGCAUUCUUUGCAUUAUUAAGUUUUUGAGUGUUUUUUUAUCUCAAUGAUCAGCACUCUGAAUCCAUCCCCGGCAUUUUGGAUUCAAGAAGCCAAUUAUGAAGUGACCUUAAUUAAAAUAUCCAUUAUACAUUUAUUAGGUUUUUAUUCAUGUCACAUGACUUAAUUAAUUUAUUUUUUUGGUUGUUAAAAUAUAGCCAUUUUAAUCAAUUUGCAUUCAAGGAUUUUAUGUGUACACUUUUUAAUUGAAUUGUUUCACUCACCAUGGCACAUGUGCUGUGGUGAUGUGACAAUAAAGGUGACUUGACUUGA